AAGGCUUUGGUGUGGUGAAGGAGGCCGGGGGGCCGAGCUGCGUCCUGGGCUGGGAGGGCGUGGGUGUGAUGUCCUCGGUGGGGAUGACGCAGUUCCUCCCUUGGCCGUUGAGUUGGAGGACUGACUCGAGAGAAGUUGCAGCUCUUCAUCUCUCUGGGGAAGGAAGAAGAGAGCGACAGAGACCAACAACAUCUCCUUCCCAGGAAUCCUGAAGAUGGAGACCAUCACUUGGAUAACAGUUCUUUUGUGGGUGAACCUGGGAGCAGGUUCGUGGACAGAUUCAUCUCCAACUACGAGACUCUCCUUGUCUCCUCCACACAGCAUCUUUACUCGAGGAGAGCGGAUGACCUUGAUAUGUUCCGUUCCAGACAGAUAUCAGCCACUUAUUUUCGUUUUCCAUUGUAAAAAUGAAUCAGGUUCUUCCAUCCUCAACAAAACUCAUCAAGAAAAUACAUGGAAUAUCAACAUCUCACAUCUGAAUGGAACCAAGAAGCUUAUUUGCAAUUGCAGUUCAAAAUCCCUCAAUUUAACAAAAUUCUAUUCUUCUCCUUUUAGUAGUUCCAGGGAGAUUUUGGUUGUUGAUACCCCUCCUCCCCCACGGUUUAAAUUCGAUCCUUUGACCCAGACCAUGAAGGAAGGUGACUGUCUGAUCCUCCUCUGCUCGGUUGAAGGAGGCAUCAGGGAGAAGAAGUUCCAUUUCUACAAAGAUGGGGUGGAGAUCACCUCCAGCCAGGAAUGUCUUCAGAAGGGCUCCAGCGAACCUGCAGAUCUUCUUCAAAGUGGCUCUCUGAGAAUCCUGAGUGACCAUUCCACCCACAGGGGGGAAUUUGCUUGCCGUUAUGCAGAAAAGAGAAGCAACCGAUGGCUCAUGUCUUCUUGGAGCCAGGGGCUGAACAUAACAGUCUGGACCAAAGAUCCAGACCCUGUGUGGAGGUAUUCCUGGAUAGCGAUUUCUUUGAUAAUCCUGCUGUUUCCAGUUGCCUUUUAUGGCUGGAAGAAGAAGAAGCAGAAUAAGAACAUACCAUCCUCGGAAAGACUGAAAGCCAAGGAAAACGAAGCAGAAAAAGGGGACCAUGGGACGCCGCGUCGUCAAGCCACUGCGGCCCCUGUCAAGGAAUCAGAGAUCAUCUACAGCGUCUUUCAGAUCUCCUCCACUCUAUCUUCACCUGGGCCAGAGAUGGAGGACUACCUCCCACCAGAGGAAGAAAUGGGGGUGUUGUACAGUGACCUCCUCUUUCCCCAAAAAGCAAGAAAACACAGAGCAUGCUGACUUCAUCAAAAUGCAACAAUACAUGACUUUUACAGACAACGUUUCUUACGUCGUUUUUGCAAAAGGCGUUUAGGACUUAGACAGUUUUAGAGAAGCGCAUUGUUCAAAGUAUAAAUGUGUGGUUAAUCUAGCCGAGUGUGACUAAGACAAAUUUGCUAGGGGAAAAAAAAAAGUGCACGUAUAGCAUUCCUUGCUCUGUCCUCCCAUCCCAUUUCAAUGACCCCGCAAAAUAGAUUGAGAGAGAAUCUAUUUAAGAGAGAAUAAGAAAGUCAAUUUGGUUUAGCGGUUAAGGUGUCAAAGCUAGAAACGGGGAGCAAUUUAA